UUUUUCCCAUGAAUAAAUUUGAGCGACGAAUGGUUAGUCGUGUAGCGCUUUAAGUAUGGCUCUUGAUUGAAGCCCUCGCGAAAUACCUGGUCUUGUCGAUAUGGAGCCACUUCACUAUUGAAUUUCAAGAAAUUUUUGAAUUCGUCAUUCUGCACCAUAUAUGUUUCCAUUUUAUGUUAUCUUCUUUGUCCAAAAUUAUGAGACGGCUUCCUGUCUAUACAAUCACAUCUUUAGACGCCUCCUGUCUGGUGUCAAUUGCAUGACCCCUCCAGACAAUCGAAAUGUUACCCCACAACGACUUCCGCGGCCCGCAUGCAAUCUCCAAGCUUUUUCAACUCCGCAAUAGAAUUAUAAAAGAGACGCAACUAAUAGUCUAGCAAUAACACAAGGUAACCAAAAAUGACGAAGAAAGCGUUAUCAGAAUCUUUAAAUGUUAGUGAAGUGGUCAGUUCUACAGAUCUGAAGCACGGAAUUGACUCCGGAUCUGUUUUAGAGUAUACACCAACAGAAAGGAUCCCAGAGAUUGUGAAUUGCCUUAGAACGUCUUUUCAUAAAGAACACAAAACUCAUUCUUUACAGUUCCGUUUGAAUCAGUUGCGCAACAUCUAUUUUGCUGUAAAGGACAGUAUUGGAGACAUAACAGAUGCCCUCUACAAAGAUUUCUCUCGCUCUCCUUCUGAAACUAUGAAUUUGGAAUAUGCUCCGUUUAUGAACGAGUUGGUCCAUACAAUGGCAAAUUUACAGAAUUGGUCAAAGCGGGAACCGAUCAAUGAUGUGCCUCUCAAUUUGAAAACUGCUCCAGCCUAUAUCGAGAGAGUUCCAUUAGGAACCGUGCUUGUAAUUUCCCCAUUCAACUAUCCAUUAUUCUUAUCACUCUCUUCAGUGAUUGGGGCACUUUCUGCUGGGAAUUGUGUGGUAUUGAAGGUUUCUGAACUCGUACCUAAUUUUGCACAGGUACUCACUCGGAUGCUCACUGACUGCCUUGAUCCGAGUGUGUUUGCUAUGAUCAAUGGAGGAAUUGAGGAGACGACAGUGCUUUUGGACCAGAAAUUUGACAAGAUCAUGUAUACUGGCUCCACCGCCAUCGGAAAAAUCAUCGCCAAAAAAGCAGCUGAAACAUUGACCCCUGUACUUUUGGAAUUGGGCGGAAAAUCACCCGCUUUUGUUCUCGACACUGUGACUGACAAAGACGUUAAAGUCAUUGCCAGGAGAAUAGUUUGGGGGCGUUUUACCAAUGCAGGUCAAACCUGUGUGGCAAUCGAUUACGUCUUGGUUGAUGAGAAAGUCAAGAAAAAAUUGGUGGCUGCUUUAAAGGAAGUGGUCGAAGACGAGUUCUAUUCCAAAUUGAAUGGUACAGACUCUUCAUUUACCCAUAUCAUCCACGAACGUGCGUUCAGUUCGAUCACUAAGAUGAUAGAAGAUACAAAAGGUGAUAUUGUGACUAAAGGAAAAGCUGAUUCCAAAUCUCGUUUCAUCCCUCCGACAGUCAUCGAUAACGUGGACUGGGAUGAUUCGACGAUGCAACAAGAAAUAUUUGGUCCAGUGUUGCCUGUGCUUACGUACAAAAAUUUGGAAGACGCCAUCGAAGAAGUGACAAGAAGACACGAUACACCUUUAGCUCUGUACAUUUUUACUUCCGGGUCCCCGCUGCGCUUGAAAGACACACAAAUUGAUCUUAUUAGAUUAGGCAUCAGAUCUGGGGGUACUAUGGUAAAUGAUUCAAUUCUCCACGUCAGUCUCCCGAAUGCGCCAUUUGGAGGUAUUGGCCAAUCUGGACAAGGCGCUUAUCACGGAUUUUACUCAUACAAGGCUUUUACUCAUGAGAGAACAACCAUUGAAUCGAGCUUGAGGACCGAGUUUACCAUGAAAGUAAGAUACCCCCCGUCCAUGGAGAACAAGGACAAAGUUAUGCAAGCUUCUAUGAUUCCCUACAACCAGAGUGUUUGGUUUGGCCGCACAGGGGAUGUUGGUCUUUCAGGCCCUGGUUCAAUAUGGUCGUUGUGGCAUAGGAUAACCGAGAUUAGCGCAUUAGUCUAUCGCUUUGCCUCUGUCUAAAGCGACAAUUUAUAUGUACGAACAAAAAAGAAGAAAAAAUAAAACAGUUUUCAUUUUCUCAGCAGCUGAUAUGACUUUAUAAUAAAAAGUCUUACUAAAGCCUUGUGAUCAACAGAAAUGGGCGAAAGGUUCCGGGGAUUGAGAGACGCGAUUGACGAAGAUUCCGCACGAAGCAACGUGAUGAUCCUGCACACGAAGAUUGGAUUACAAGAGGGACAUAGAUUUCCACCCGACGACAUCCACUCCCAG